GAGGCGAGCGACGGCGCGAAGAAUUCCGAAGCCAUGGCCCGACAAGAGAGGUCGUUAUUCGUUGUUGCCGCGCUAUGCGUGUGCACGUGUGUCGUCUCUGCGCGACCCGAUUCUUCAAAUCAUCUAGUACAAAAACUAGAAACAAAUGCGGUAAACUAUAGUGGAAACACAAAGGGCGUGAGCGUACGCAACUUCGAGGAGUCCGAGGAGCGCGAGCAUCGCCCUGUCAACGAGAGGUAUCCGCAUGCAGUGCUGUUCGGCGGCACCUGCGGCGGCACCAUAAUCAGCCCCAAAUGGAUCCUGACAGCUGCACAUUGCACGCUGUUCACCGGCGGCAAAUAUGUGCUGGCCGGCACCAACAACUCUGAGGACGGCAGCGGAGUGACGCGACGUGUCAAGAAACUGUAUAUACACCCGCGCUUUGCAGUCGGUCCCUACUGGCUCAAUGCAAAACGCUACGACAUCAAACAGGUAGCUGCGAGGUUCGACUACCUCUUAGCGGAAUUAGAGGAACCUUUGGAACUGGACGGUGUGACGAUAGCCGCUGCAACACUGAAUGAAUUGCAAGAUCUUACUGCGGGAAUCAACGUUGGAUACGCUGGUUACGGAGCCGAGCAUCAAGGGGAAACAAUGCGACACGAGAUGCACGGCAUGGAUCUGACACUGCUGGCUGAGGAGGAAUGUGCCAGAUUAGAAGAAUACGACUCUCAAGACAUGAUUUGUAUCAGAGGACGAGCCCCUAGAUACGACUCCGCUUGUAAUGGUGACAGCGGCAGUGGUGUUGUAGACGAAAACGGUGUUCUCAUCGGCAUAGCGUCCUGGGUGGAGAACGACGCCUUGGAGUGCCGUAACGGUGCGGUCGUAUAUUGCUCCAAAGUGGCCACAGCACGUCCCUGGAUACGCAAGAUUACUGGCAUCUAAUUAUGUUUAAUUAAUAUAUAAUACAUAGAAACUCCGUACUAAACAUAUGCGAUUGGGUGCAGUGUUAAUCUGUAAAAUUAUCAAAACAAUUUGAAACAGAUUAUAAAGUAAUUUAUGUGUUCGACAACAGUGAUACUUGUAUUGAUAUGUUGUUGUCUCUGUUUUUUUUAAAGAGAACGCAAGAGAUGAUAUAUGUACAAAGACGGUGUCCCUACAAGUUUCAAAAUCAGUUUUCUAGUAUCCAAAGACUGUUUUAGUACGUGAGUUAGUAAUGCAAAGAUUUUUAGGUUAAACAAUAUUGUAAAUAGAACACAAAAUAAAUUGUCUUAAAUUUGACAAAUUACUCUGAAUAAGAAAGAACUUCGAAACUAUGUUUACUGAAUGAAAAAGUUUUAUUAUUUUUACUAAAUCGCAAGUACACAAAAAGAUAUUGUUUUGAUUGCAAAGGAAAUUUUAUGACCAUAAUUUUUGUUAUAUUUAGUACCAGAGGUUUUUAGGGUACAAUGAGUUAUUUUAAACAAUGAUAAAUUGUUUUGUCUAGACGUUCCAUUGCUAAUAAUUGCAUUAAUGCUAGUCAGUUUUGACUCUCUUAAAAUGUUUUGUUGAUAAUUUAAAGCUUUUAUAUAUCUGCCAGAAAAUAUUUACUAUUUUGGAGGAGUAAUAUCAUUUAUCUUGAAUAUUUCUUGCUUAAAAUGUUUUGUGUCUAAUUUUUCUAACAAAAUAUUGUUUUUAUUUUACCUAGCGAUCAGCAGUCGAUAAUCUAGAAUCAACAUAAAUGAAUGGAAUUAGCUGAGAUUUCUAAUUUGUACAGUUUUUUUCUAAAAACAGGUAUUUAACGUAUCACUUUAUUACUAAAUUUACCCAAUUACUAAUCGCCUUUGUAUCCAAGUUAGUCUGAAUAUUUAGACUUUCGUUUCUGUCUACUACUUUCAAAAACUUUAAUGUUAGUCAUAAGUAUAUUUGUUUUUAUCGAUUAACUGUUACAAAACGUUUUGUAAAUUUU